AGGUGUUGGAGGAAGCCGCGGCAGCAGCUACAACCCUCACUGCACCCAUUACUGCAAAUACAGGCGUGCCACAAUGGAUGCUCUCUCUGAAGCAAACAAUGCCUUUGCCUUGGAUGUUUUUAAAAAAAUUGGUGAAAAUAGCUCACAGAAUGUGUUUUAUUCUCCUCUGAGCCUCUACUGUGCCCUGUCUAUGGUCUUAGAUGGGGCCAAGGGAAAUACUGCUACACAGAUACAAAAGGUUCUUUCUUUAAACAAAGGUAUAGAUAUCCACCAAAGUUUGCAGUCCUUUCUUGGAGAAGUUAAUAAAUCUGGUUCUCAGGGCCUGCUAAAAAUUGCCAACCGACUCUUUGGAGAAAAGACUUAUGAUUUUCAUUCAUCUUUCAAGGAUUGUUGUCAGAAAUUCUACCAUUCAGAUAUGGAAGAACUGGACUUUGCUCAUGAUUCUGAAGGAGCAAGAAAACACAUCAAUAAGUGGGUAGAAGAAAAAACAGAAGGUAAGAUUGCAGAACUUCUAUCUAAAGAUACCAUUUCUCCAAUGACCUGUCUGGUACUUAUGAAUGCUAUCUACUUCAAUGGAAACUGGAAAAAACAAUUUGACAAAGAAAAGACCACCGAAAAGGUGUUCAAAAUCAGCAAGGAGAAGCAGAAACCAGUACAAAUGAUGUAUCAGAAAUCUACAUUUCGUAUGACUUACAUAGGAGAAGUGUUUACCAAGAUCUUAGUUAUGCCUUAUACUGGAGAACGAGUGAGCAUGGCCAUUUUGCUUCCGGAUGAGGACAGGGAUAUAAAAAUGUUGGAAGAAGCACUUACUUCUGAGAAAUUAGCAGAUUGGCUAAAUCCAGACAUGAUGGACCAGACUGAGGUAGAAGUUUAUCUUCCCAGAUUUAAAUUGGAGGAGAAUUUAGACAUGGAAUCCAUUCUUAAAAAAUUGGGGAUGUCGGAUGCAUUUGAUCAAAGCAUGGCUGACUUUUCUGGGAUGUCAACCAGGAAGGACCUAUAUCUAUCCAAGGUUAUGCACAAGGCUCAUGUGGAAGUUAAUGAAGAAGGCACAGAGGCAGCUUGUGCCACUGCAGCAGUCAUGAUGAAUCGAUGUGCAAGAAUUACUCCAAAAUUUGUGGCUAACCAUCCUUUCCUUUUUGUUAUCAUUGACGAAAAGUCAAAAAACACUUGGUUUUUUGGUAAAGUCACUUCUCCAUAAAGAGAUCAUUACUCUUUAUAGUCUACCCUCAUGCCACUUGCCUCUUUUUACCUAAACUCUGAUGUACCUAUGAUCCAAAGUAUCCUUGUCAAUAUGAUGGUUAUAAUUCAGAAAUAAAAUUCUUGAUUG